AUGGCUCACCACGCGAGAGAAGUUGCUCACACUGUUGAGAUUCUGGGCGUAAUCGUUCAAGGGCGCAAAAGAGGGAUUGUGCAGCAAUGUUACAAUACCAUUUGCCCUCUUGAGGAAAUGAUACACUAUUACAUUGCUACACGCCUUGAAAAUGAAAUUGAUGAAAUAGCAUCAAGGUUACAAGGUUUAGACAGGGAGCCUAAGUUAUGGGAAGUAAAAGAUCUUGAACAGCGGUAUAGUGAUCCACACAUUAAUCGUUCUGGCAUUCAACUUCUCAGGGACAUCCACGGAGGUAGAAUUAAGACCUUGCCCCGGAAAAAGGCUUUCCGUAAAACAGAUCCCCCUCCACAGCAGGCCCAUUACAUUGACUUUGAAGGCCGAAAGGUCAAGACAUUUAGGAACGGGGAACGCGUGAAAGUAACGAGCUUUAGAAAAAUACGUGAUGCGCACAUGCAGCGAUUAGAAGAGGCAGUAAAGGCCGAAAAUAUAGAUCAAACUGGCAUUUUGGAAGCAGAACGAGCUAUCAAUGAAUACCUCCGAGAAAGGGACGAUAUUGUUGAAGCAGGACUGAACGGUCAUAGCGACUUCGAUGACAUUUUAAGAAGUGCACAUGUAAUUCUUACAGCAUAUAAGCAACUCACGAAACAAGUUGAAACUCAAAACAAAGAGAUAUCUAAGCGUGAGAAGGAAAUUGGUUUUCAAAGGAAAGCAUUUAGACGGGCAGUAUUUGUCCUUCAAAAAGGAUUAAAACGUCCGUAA